AGUGUAUCUGUAAGACAACUUUCUAGACAAAGAAUUGCUGCUACUAAAAGUCAUGAAGGGGGAGGAGGAGAAGGCUGGAGUAGGAAAGCUGGACCCCACUAACUACGGGAGGAGAUGUCCAGAUCAGAAAGACUGCCCUUCCAUCCACAUCGGGCUUCCAGUCCCCAGUUACCUUCAAAGAAAAGGUGACCAGAAAGGACAUCUUUCAGGCCUGCAAAAAGUCCACUGGGGCCUGCGGCCAGAAAAGCCACAGCAGGAAUUGACUGGACCAGGGAACAGGGCACUCAGCCAGGAUAGCAGCGUGGGUCUUAUCAGCAGGACUCGGUCUCCAGCUGCUGAGCAGCUCCAGGACAUCCUGGGGGAGGAAGAUGAGGCUCCCAACCCCACCCUCUUCACAGAGAUGGACACUCUCCAGCAUGACGGAGACCAGAUGGAGUGGAAGGAGUCGGCCAGGUGGAUAAAGUUUGAAGAAAAGGUAGAAGAAGGAGGCGAACGCUGGAGCAAGCCCCACGUGUCCACGCUGUCCCUACACAGCCUCUUUGAGCUCCGUACCUGCCUGCAGACGGGGACAGUGCUGUUGGAUUUGGACAGUGUCUCCUUACCACAGAUCAUAGAUGAUGUCAUUGAGAAGCAGAUUGAGGAUGGACUCCUGCGGCCAGAGCUCCGGGAGAGGGUCAGCUAUGUCCUACUAAGGAAGCACCGUCACCAAACCAAGAAGCCCAUCCACCGCUCCCUAGUCGACAUUGGAAAGUCGGUCUCCUCCACCACGAAUCGCAGCCCUGCCCGGAGCCCUGCUGCGAGGGCUCCAAGUCUACACCGCUCCACUGAGGACCUGAGGAUGCGGCAAAGUGCAAAUUAUGGACGUCUGUGUCACGCCCAGAGCAGAAGCAUGAAUGACAUUUCUCACACCCCAAACACAGACCAGCGGAAAAACAAAUUCAUGAAGAAGAUCCCCAAGGACUCGGAAGCCUCCAAUGUACUCGUGGGCGAAGUGGACUUCCUGGACCAGCCAUUCAUCGCCUUCGUACGUCUCAUCCAGUCUGCCAUGCUGGGAGGAGUGACCGAGGUGCCUGUCCCCACCAGAUUUCUGUUCAUUCUGCUGGGACCUCCUGGGAGAGCAAAAUCCUACAAUGAAAUUGGUCGUGCCAUUGCAACCCUGAUGGUAGAUGAUCUCUUCAGUGAUGUUGCCUAUAAAGCCCGCAGUCGGGAAGAUCUGAUUGCAGGAAUUGAUGAGUUUCUGGAUGAGGUCAUUGUCCUUCCUCCUGGAGAGUGGGACCCAAAUAUCCGAAUUGAGCCCCCCAAGAAAGUGCCCUCUGCUGACAAGAGGAAAUCCGUGUUCUCCCUGGCCGAGCUAGGCCAGAUGAACGGCUCUGUGGGAGGAGGCGGCGGAGCUGCUGGAGGCGGCGGAGGAGGUGGGGCGGGUGGCGGCGGGGCCAGCGGAGCCAGCAGUGGUGACGACGGAGAGAUGCCGGCGGUGCACGAAAUCGGGGAGGAACUCAUCUGGACAGGAAGGUUCUUCGGUGGAUUGCGACUGGAUGUCAAGAGGAAGCUGCCCUGGUUCCCGAGUGACUUCUUUGAUGGCUUCCACAUUCAGUCCAUUUCUGCCAUCCUUUUCAUCUACCUCGGCUGUAUCACCAAUGCAAUCACCUUUGGUGGGCUUCUGGGAGAUGCCACCGACAAUUAUCAGGGAGUGAUGGAGAGCUUCCUGGGCACUGCCAUGGCUGGCUCCUUAUUCUGCCUCUUCUCGGGACAGCCUCUCAUCAUCCUCAGCAGCACGGGGCCCAUCCUCAUCUUCGAAAAGCUCCUCUUUGACUUCAGCAAAGGUAAUGGCCUGGACUACAUGGAGUUCCGCCUCUGGAUUGGCCUCCACUCAGCUGUCCAGUGCCUUAUCCUGGUGGCAACAGAUGCCAGCUUCAUCAUCAAGUAUAUCACCCGCUUUACCGAGGAGGGCUUUUCCACCCUCAUCAGCUUCAUAUUUAUCUAUGAUGCCAUCAAGAAGAUGAUCGGUGCCUUCAAGUACUACCCCAUCAACAUGGACUUCAAGCCCAACUCCAUCACCACCUACAAAUGCGAGUGUGUCGCCCCUGAUACAGUGAAUACGACUGUGAUCAAUGCUUCAGUCCCACUGGCACCAAACACCAACGCCUCACUGUACAAUCCCCUUAACCUCACAGCACUGGACUGGUCCCUGCUGAGCAAGAAGGAGUGUCUGAGCUAUGGUGGGCGCCUGCAUGGGAAUUCCUGCCAGUUUGUUCCCGACCUGGCACUCAUGUCCUUCAUCCUUUUCUUUGGGACAUACUCCAUGACCCUGACCCUGAAGAAGUUCAAAUCCAGCCGCUAUUUCCCUACCAAGGUGCGGGCACUGGUGGCUGACUUUUCCAUUGUUUUCUCCAUCCUGCUGUUCUGUGGAAUUGAUGCCUGUUUCGGCCUGGAAACCCCCAAGCUGCACGUGCCCAGUGUCAUCAAGCCCACAAGGCCUGACCGAGGCUGGUUCGUGGCCCCCUUUGGGAAGAACCCAUGGUGGGUGUACCCAGCAAGCAUCCUGCCUGCCCUGCUGGUGACCAUCCUGAUCUUCAUGGACCAGCAGAUCACAGCCGUCAUCGUCAACCGGAAGGAGAACAAGCUGAGGAAGUCUGCUGGCUACCAUCUGGACCUGUUCUGGGUGGGCAUCCUCAUGGCCCUGUGCUCCUUUACGGGGCUGCCCUGGUAUGUGGCCGCCACGGUCAUCUCCAUCGCUCACAUCGACAGCCUCAAGAUGGAGACGGAGACCAGCGCCCCUGGGGAGCAGCCCCAGUUCCUGGGGGUCAGGGAACAGAGAGUAACUGGCAUCAUUGUCUUCAUCCUGACCGGAAUCUCUGUCUUCCUGGCUCCCAUCCUGAAGUACAUCCCCAUGCCGGUGCUGUAUGGAGUCUUCCUCUAUAUGGGCGUGGCCUCCCUGAAUGGCAUUCAGUUUUGGGACCGCUGCAAGCUCUUCCUGAUGCCAGCCAAGCACCAGCCGGACCACGCCUUCCUGCGGCACGUGCCCCUGCGCCGGAUCCACCUCUUCACCCUGGUGCAGAUCCUCUGUCUGGCGGUGCUGUGGGUCCUCAAGUCCACGGUGGCUGCCAUCAUCUUCCCGGUCAUGAUCCUGGGCCUCAUCAUUGUUCGAAGGCUUCUGGACUUCAUCUUCUCCCAGCAUGAUCUGGCCUGGAUUGACAACAUCCUCCCAGAGAAGGAGAAAAAGGAGACAGACAAGAAGAAGAAGAGAAGGAAAGGGACCCAUGAGGACAGUGAUGAGGAGCCCCAGUUCCCUUCUCCCUCAGUUAUAAAGAUCCCCAUGGAAAGUGUCCAGUCAGAUCCCCAAAACGGUAUCCACUGCAUUGCCAGAAAAAGAUCUUCCAGUUGGAGUUACUCACUCUGA